AUGACACCAAGUAAUUUUGUAUUCCUCAACACGACAGGGGCGUCAAGUCUGUCGAAAAAGGCGGCUAAGCGAGUGAGGGGCCACGUCACAAAGACGAACUUUGCGAAUCGAAGGCGACUCAAAGCAGAAGCAGAUGCUAGCAAACCUGGAAAAUCAACGCGCGCGGUGCAGAAGCUGGACUCGCCGUGCUCGCUCGAGACCCAGCUGUCAAGUAGUAGUCUGGCGAUAGCGCUGUCCAUCGCGACGUCCAAGGCUGACAAGCAGCACGCCGCCGAACUGCUCAACGAAUCCUGGUCCGUCAUAUUCCUUCACGACAGAAACCUGCCCGGGGACGAGCACGACAAGCUAUGGCUGGACACGAUGGCAUCGGAGCCAGCCUUCGUCGAAGCUACCAUGGCUACAGCCGUUCGGUAUUGGUCGCCCGACUUGGAGUGCAAGUUGAGGUCAGAGAUGCAUUCACAUAGAGCAACCGCCAUGGUCAUAAGUCGGGUCUCGUCCAACGACACGUACUCUAAUGGGUUCUUUGGCGCUGUGCUGACCAUGGCCCUGAGCGAGCGCAUGGUGCGGAACGACGCAGCAUGGGAAGUACACAUGAAUGGUCUCGCACAGACGAUCAAGGCGCGGCAGGCUCAUGGAAUCGCUAGCUUACCGGCAUUGUUCACGGAUCUCAUAAUUCUCGACACCGUCAACAAUAUCAUCGGCUUCCCCCGAGUGUACCAUCCCAACCUCGUGGACCUCCUCGAGCACCACGCCGAUGGAAUCAUCAUCACUACGUCGGCAUUGGCGUCCCACGUGGUGCUGCUCCGGAGAAUGGUCCGCAUGCACAGGCAGUACGGCUACAGACGGGACGAGGUCGAUGCGAUAGCAGGGAUCUCUGAGAUUAUCUGUCAGCGCACCGUUGCGCUAGAAGCACACAGGAAUCCGGGAUGGGACAACGCGUACGAAUUGCUGGAGACGGCGCUGGGGAAUGACGAGGACCUGCUUGAGCGGUUUGCCAUGUUGUGGGCAGAGAUUUAA